CGCGUCUGUCGCAAACCGUUAACUAAAGUAGUUUUGAAAGUGUCAACAUUAAUUGAUAUUUGCAAUUUUCAAUUUAUUGUAAAUAUUUGUUAAUUAUAAUCUAAGAUAAUCACAAUUUUUAGUGCAGUUAGUGUACACAAUGUUAUUUGGUCUUGAAAUGAAGCUCCCGUUGAUUCUUCAUAGUGCAAUAAUUGAAUCAUUUUGAGUUGUUUGAACAUUUAUCCAUUAUGAAUAAAAGCAAAAGGAGAGUGUCAAAGUAAAAAAAAAAGAUGAAGAGGAGGAGAGUGAUGAGUCUGUUGAAAGCUUGCUUUUGGAGGAGGGAGUUAAGAAGUUACUGGACAUUGAUAUUGAUGGACAUAGACGAAAAAAUAUUUUUAUCAAUACUGAAGAAAAUCCUCAAAGGAUUCGAAGGUCAAUAAUAACAAGAGCUUUACGAAAUGUUAUCAGUAGUACACCUAUGAUAACUAAAACAAAUGGAAAAUUUUUUUCAACUGAAUGCUCCCUUGAUAUAUCCCCUAUUAAUUCAGAAACUGAUGAACAUAGUGUUAGAGAAGAUAUUAAAAAGAAUGAUCUUCCCGAGAAAAAAAUACUUCACCAACCCCAAAAUGUGGAGCCUGAUGUCUUAUCUGUUUCUUCUGAUGCCUCUGAAAUCAAGGAUGAAUCUGCCGGUGUUGCCAAAUACAAAGAUCUUCCAAUUAAAACCCAUUUUACUAGGGGUUCAAGUAGACAAUCAGGUGAGAAAUCACCUGUUGAGAUGAAAACUGAUAAAGAGCAUACUCACUUCACUAGAACCAAGAACCAAUCAAAGAAAAAUCAGAAACACAUUGGAAUGCCUGAGCUUCUCAAUAGUUCUAAGAAUAAUUUUGAUGUUAAGUCCAGUGACAGUUUAUCAAGAGUAAGUAACAUAUCUAAAGGUCUUGCCCAUACUAAAACUGUAAAUGGGGUUGAAAUGGAAUCUGGAGAAAAUGUAUCUGAUAAGUCCGAAGAAAUUUUCAAAAGUCCUCGCCUAAUUGAAUCUGUCGACAAAGGUGAACAAAAAACUGCUGAAAGGGUAUACAAGAGUCCAUACAGAACUGAAAUUGAUAAAACUCCACCGAAAAUAGGAUCAAAAUCCAGUGAGAAUGUUUCCAGGCUUACCAAUAAUCUCUCAAAAAGUCCUCAUUUAACUGAAGUUAGUGACGAGACUACAGAUGGGAUAGAAUACAAAUCUGGCGGGAAAAUACACAAGAUUACUCAAAAUCUUUCAAAAAGUCCCGGAAUUAAAAUAACAGAAAAAGGAAAUACUGAAUCCAAAUCUAAUGGGAAAAGUAAAAAUCACUCCCUUGGUCAUAAUGAUUUCAGUGAAAAACUUGUAGGUACCAAAACAUUUCCUUAUAUAUUGAGAAAUUCUGAAGGAUUAACUACUAUACAAGAGUCAGAAGACAUCAGAACACCAACAAGAACUGCUGAUUGGAUUAGGCAGUCUUCAGUAUCUUUGAGAAAUUCUAGGCAAAAUGUGACCCUCAGAAAAAGUAGUCGAAUUGAAAAUACUCAAAACUUUACUUUCAAGAAGCAAAGUAAUACUAUUAUUAAAGAACAACCAGAUAUCAGUGAUAAAAAUGUUGAAAAUUUACAAGAAAAGUCUUCUAAAAUUCCAGUUCUAAGAACACGAAGCAAAUCUAGAGAAAAAACUGGAAAAUCAGAAUCUCGAAUGAGACUUGAAUCUUCAGGAGAGAGGAAGCAACUUGAUGACCACAGUAGUAAAAGAAAUGAAGAGUUAUUGCUUCGGAAUCCACCUAAACCAGCCCCUAGAAGAAGAAAACAGAGAAAGUCUCUUGUGAAAUCAAUUCAAAAUAGUAUUCCAAAAGUUGAUGACGAAAAUAUCCAACCCAAUCUCCAAACCACUCUUCAAAGCAGUAAAACUGAUGACAUGCUUCAGAAAUAUUUCACCCAAACAAAUACAAAUUUAUCUGCAAUGAAAAAACUUGAAUCCGCUGAAGGUAAAGAUUUUUCAGUUAUAAAUGCUGCAAAAUCGUUUGCUGAAAGGAGUACAUCACCAAGAAAAAGAUCUUCAGUAAUACUCAGUUGUCCCAAACAAAAAACAUUUGAUUUUGAAGGGGAUGUAGGUACUGGCAUAUCCUCCCUAAGUUUUUCUCAUAGUAGCCCUAGUAUAGAUAAGGAAGAAAGAUGUCGAAGACUUGAUAUUCUCAUUGAUAAAUUGUCUGAACAAAAGUCAUCUGUGGACAUUGGUGUGGGUUAUUCAAAAAAGUUUAAUACAGAACCAUCUUCAAAUUUGGUUGCUGCAAAGGUGUGUGUGACCCAACACAAGAAGGUUCAAACUUCUCUCUGGAAUUCCGAUGAAGCAAAGAGAAAAGCUAAGAAAACUUGUGCUAGAAACAUAUUUACCAAAUCCAUUGCCGAAACUGAACCUUGUGGUAGUACUAACCAGAACAGCACCAAAGUUCAUACCCAAAAAAAUCAAACAGAUAUUAAUGAUGACAAUGAAAGUUUGUGUUCUGGAAAGACAGACAGUAGCAAAAUGCUCGACGAAUAUGAUGGAUUCAAUCUCUUCCAUAGCUUGGAAGAGGAGCCCUUCUGUCCUGAAACAUUCUCAUCCUUCAAGAACUUUGAUGAUCCAGAGCUUAUGAACGAAAGAACUCCUUGGAGGUUUGAGGAUCAGUUAUUAUCACAAUCUUCAAAGAGAAUCAGCAUUAAACUCAAUUUCUUGAAGGAUGCAAAUAAAAUUGAAGAAGAAAAGGCUUUGUUGAGUAAAGAAGAUAUAGAAAAUGUUGAUCACAUUAACAGAAAUCAAAAAAACAUUUUACCAAGAUUGAAAAGCACCUUUCGAGAUUACACACAUAAAUCUACCAGAAAAAAUGUAUUAGAACCACCUAGGAUGUGUGAAGAAAAAACUAGAAAUUCAUUUUCUGAUUGUAGUUCUGACAAUGGUGUAUGUGGUGAGGAUAUUGAGGAUCUUGAGAAUUCAAUGAACCAUUCAAGGAGGAUGAUUUUGGAGGCAGAACAACAGCAGAAUAUUGAUGGUGAAGGAUGUGAAUCAGAGGAAAACACACUCAUUGAAGAAUCAAAUUUACAAAGUUCUCAAAUACACAAUAUUACAAAAUCCAGAAAUGGAAAUGCUCAAGGUGAGAACUUGAUUUCAUCUCAAACGAGUAGAGUUAUGGCUCCUUCAAGGAGCACAAUAAUAAAAAAGGACCAGAUUGUGAUAACAAAAAAAUCAGAUGCUCAGACACAAAAAAGUAAUGGUCAAAGGGCAGCUGACAGUACGGAGAAAGAAAAUUAUGUAAAGGAAAAUUUACAAGAGGACAUCAGUCCAUCUCGUUCACAAAAAAAUGUUGAGUCGUCAGAAGAUCAACUAAAAAACAAGCCAAAUGAUGAAAAUGAUCAAGAAAAAGAUAAUUGUUACCACACACCUGCAAAAUAUACUAUUAACUGUUCUAAAAAUAGCUUUUCAAAGAAAGAUGCAAGAACCAUAUGUGAUAUGAACCAAAGCAAAAGAAGAGUCACUGAUGCUUUAAUUCAUAAAAAUUGUGUUCAGAAUGAUGAGAUUGAAACCAACUUGAAUCAGAUACAUUUAAGAACUUCAACAAACAAGCGGAAGAGCAAAGAUAUUUUGGUGGAAACAGAAACUGAGGUAAAUUCAUAUAGUGGCAGCAAAAAACAUAGUUUUCAAAUUGAAAAUAACAAAAAAGUUGAUUCAAGAGGGAAGUUUUCAGAAAAUCUUUCACCAGCUCCUGAUUUGGUCACGGGGAAUAAUCAUCAGAGUCCAGUUUGUCAGUCUGAACCCAUUGAAAAUGUAGCAGAUAAAGACACGGCUGAAUCUUUUCUUGGCACACACAAUAAGCGACAAUUAUCUGUUAUCCUGAGAAAGUUUUCAGAAAAAACCAUUGGUAGGAAGUUGCAUGAAAUUCAGCGGAUUUUGGAUGGUGAAGAGGAAGAAGAUAUGGAACUACUUUCAAAUAAGAAUUCGCCUACUGAAAAGAAUCAAUUUGAAGGUUUCAAUGAUUUAGCCGUUCCAUUGGGUCAAACUGUGAUUUCAACAAUUUUUUCUGAAGGUGGUGAUAAUGCCAAUGAAGAGUCUCAGCCUGGCAGUAAUACAAAGAAUCUCAAAUUGAAAGAUAAGAAGAAUACUGAUGAGACAGUUUUCAAAGUUCCAAAAACGAAAUCACAUAAAACCAGAAAGAGGAAUUUCACCAAUGAAAGUGAUGAUGUUACUGUUGACAGCGAAGCUUCCUCUCUAACAGGUACGAGGAGAUCUUGCCGAGAUAGAAAACCACCCAAAAGAAGAUAUGUGAUGGAAUUUCUAGAUGAUGUAGUGACCUCAAAACCACCAAAGAAGCCAGUCACACGUAAAACGAAACUUUCAAAAAGAAAAAGUUCAGAAACCGUUGAGCAACAACAAGAACAUAUCAUCGAAGUAGAAGAAAAACAAAUUGAAGAAAAAAAAACUUCAAGGAAGGAAGAUCAACCGAAAAAACGCAUAACAAAGACAAGAGGAAGGAAAAAAGGUAUUACUCCUACAGUUACUCUCACAUCAGCACAUAGUUCGGAUGAAAAAGACAGUGAUUCAGUAAAGGAACUUGAAGUUUCUAACAAAAGACCUAAGAGGAACAAUAAAACGAAAUCAGAUUCGAUUCAAAUUGAAACUGUAGCUCAGAUUCAUACUAUGAGUCAAGUCAAUAGUUUCAAUGCAAUUGAUACUGCUUCCAGUCAUAGUCCAGAAGAUUUCAACAACUUUGAAACUGUGGAAGAUUACCAAAAUACAGACGAUAUGUGUUUGAGAACAUCAAACCAAGAAAAUAUGAUAAGUCAAGAUUCUGGCACCUCAACUUUAUUGAGAAGUAAUACUUUUGAGGUUAGCAAUUUACAAACUACCAAGACACAGGGAAAAAUUAAUAAGCCAAAAAACAAGAAAAUAUCCAAAGUAUGUUCACAAUCUGUUCCAGUGCCUCAGAUAAAUGAAGUUAACAUACCAAGUAAUGAAGAUGGAAAAAUUAUUUCAGAUUCUCUUAUAGAGAAUGAAUGUGUAGAAAUAUUAUCUGGUUCUGAAGUUAUUAAACUAAAAUAUGUAGAGAAUGACCCCAAGUUCAGAGUAUGUCAGGAUGACUUGUCUUUGACUGAUUUUAUGGGGAAUGUCAGUGGUACAACUAUGGGAUAUUUAAAACUGCCAUCCAAGGGAAUGAAACCAGUACACACUGCUAGAAAACAUGCAUUAUGCUAUUUUGUAUUAGAAGGCGAAGGAAGAAUUCAAGUUCACAAUAGAACUUCUACAGUUAGGAAGAUGAGUCAUUUCUUUAUACCUCUGGGUGUUGAAUAUGCCAUUAUGAAUGAUGGUACAGAUGAUAUGCUGUUGGCUUGUGUCAGAAUAGUAAGCACGUGAAUGAUAUGAUUGACCCCGCAAUUUUUU